ACGAGCUCGAGCAAACACAAGGAGUACUACUACGUACCAAGCUUGCCAAGGUCGCCGUGCUGGUAGGAUGAUGGCCAAGCUUGCGGUUCUCGCCGUGCUCGCGUCGUUACUCAGCUCCGUGUCCUGCGAAUUUUCAAUCUACGCAGGCUACGGCUAUCCACCCCCAAAUCCCAGCCAGCCGUAUCCGCUACCGCCAGCUUGUCCUCCGCUGAGCCCUGCCCCUAGCCUCAAGGUUGGCUACUAUGCUGACAAGUGCCCUUGUGCGGAGGACGUCGUGAGGGACGCCGUGCGGAAUGCAACCGCCGGCGAAAAGGCCGGCCUUGUACGCCUCUUCUUUCACGACUGCUUCGUCCAGGGGUGCGACGCCUCCGUCUUGCUGAGCGGCCCACAGACGGAGAGGACGGCUUUCCCGAACCUGAGCCUGCGCGGCUUCGAAGUGAUUGACGCGGCCAAGGCUGCCCUCGAGAAGGCCUGCCCGGGCGUCGUCUCCUGCGCCGACAUCGUUGCCUUCGCCGGCCGCGACGCCAGCUACAGCCUAAGCGACGGCCAAAUAAACUAUGGCGUGCCGGCCGGCCGCUAUGACGGGAAUGUAUCACGCGACAUCGAUACCUUCUUCAACCUGCCCCCACCCUUCGGCGACCUGAACCUAACCACGGCAAUGUUCGCCGCCAAGGGACUCAACGAGAACGACAUGGUCGUGCUUUCCGGUGCGCACUCCAUCGGACGCUCCAGCUGCAACUCCUUCUCCGACCGUCUCCCACCGGCUGCCAACUCCAGCACAGCCAUGGAACCCAUCCUCGCCGCGGAUCUGACCAACACCUGCAGCGCCGGCAGCGUAAAUGUGCCGCAGGAUUUUAGGACCGCCGACACCUUGGACAUCCAGUACUACAAGAAUGUGUUGUCCCGUGAUGUGCUCUUCAACUCCGACGCGUCGCUCACCACGUCCUUGCUGACCAACGGCUGGGUGGAUUUCUAUGCCGGCAACCGUCCCUCUUUCCUUGGUAAGUACUUAGCCCCAUUCGUGUGGCACAAUGACUUCGGAGAAGCCAUGGUGAAGAUGGGCAACAUCGGGGUGAAGACUGGCCCUCCCGAGGGCGAGAUCAGGAGCAAGUGCUGGAGCGUCAACAAUCCCUAGUGCCGUACCUACACCGGUUGAUGAUCUGCCCAUGUGUUGACCCCGUAGGAACAAGUGCUUGUCGAUGUGUUGUUCAAGUCCUCUUUUCCUUUUUUUU